AUGGCGGCGGGAGCCGGGACGGCGGGCCCUGCUUCCGGCUCGGGCGUCGUGCGUGACCCGGUGGCGUCAGAGCCGAGGAAGCGGCCCAGCCGGGAGGGCGGGGAGGGCGCGCGGCGGUCGGAUGCGAUGGCGGGAGGAGGCGGGAGCAGCGGGAGGGCGGCGGGCCGACGGGCGUCUCGCAGUAGCGGGCGGGCUCGGCGGGGGCGCCAUGAGCCGGGGCUGGGGGGCGCGGCGGAUCGGGGCGCAGGGGAAGUGCGACUGGAAGAGGCGGUCAAUCGCUGGGUGCUCAAGUUCUACUUCCACGAGGCUCUGCGGGCCUUUCGGGGUAGCCGGUAUGGGGACUUCAGGCAGAUCCGGGACAUCAUGCAGGCUUUGCUUGUCAGACCCUUGGGGAAGGAGCAUACGGUGUCCCGGUUGCUGCGGGUUAUGCAGUGUCUGUCGCGCAUUGAAGAAGGGGAAAAUUUAGACUGUUCCUUUGAUAUGGAGGCAGAGCUCACGCCACUGGAAUCUGCUAUCAAUGUGCUGGAAAUGAUUAAAACAGAAUUUACACUGACAGAAGCAGUUGUCGAAUCCAGUAGAAAACUGGUCAAGGAGGCUGCUGUAAUUAUUUGUAUCAAAAAUAAAGAAUUUGAGAAGGCUUCAAAAAUUUUGAAGAAAUAUAUGUCCAAGGACCCCACAACUCAGAAGCUGAGAAAUGAUCUCCUAAACAUUAUCCGAGAAAAGAACUUGGCCCACCCCGUUAUCCAGAACUUUUCCUAUGAGACCUUCCAGCAGAAGAUGCUGCGCUUCUUGGAAAGCCACCUGGACGACACAGAGCCUUACCUCCUCACGAUGGCCAAAAGGGCUUUGAAAUCUGAGUCUACUCCUUCAAGUACAGUGAAGGAAGAUAAACUGCCACCCCCAGAGCCUGUGGAAAAGCCACUCAGAGAGCCUCCAAGGCAGCUACAGAAAACUCCGACCACCAUUGGCAUUCGGGCCCUGAAGGCAGCUUUCAAAGCUCUGUCCACGGCACAAGAUUCAGAGGCAGCCUUUGCAAAACUGGACCAGAAAGAUCUGGUACUUCCUAAAGUAGCCUCCCCAUCACCAGCCCUCAAAAACAAGAGACCCAGGAGAGAUGAAAAUGAGAGUGUAACUCCUGCAGAGAAUGAGGGUGGCUCAGAACUGCAGCCCAAGAACAAGCGCAUGACAAUAAGCAGAUUGGUUUUGGAGGAGGACAGCCAGUGUGAUGAAACCAGCUCAGGCCUCAACUCCUCUCAGGAGGCCGUGUCAGCUUCGGCAUCCAAGCCCACCGCUCUCAACCAACCUCGUUCAGAGGAGAAGAAUUCCAAAAUAUCGAAAGGCAAGUGGAACAAUUCUAAUGGAGUUGAAGAAAAGGAGACCUGGGCCGAAGAGGACGAGCUGUUUCAAGUUCAGGGAGAACUAAAUGAAGAUAAUACAACCAACACGACAAGAAAGCAGAGGUGGACUAUAGAAGAAAGCGAGUGGGUGAAGGCUGGAGUUCAGAAGUACGGUGAAGGAAACUGGGUUGCCAUCUCUAAAAAUUACCCCUUUGUUAACCGAACAGCUGUGAUGAUUAAGGACCGCUGGCGGACCAUGAAAAAGCUCGGCAUGAACUGAAGCAGGCUCCCAUUUCCACAAGAUUCACAGGAGCAUGUUUCUUACCAAUAGUCCUGACCGUCUGCUAUUCCUUCAGAAGCUGGGCUACCUCCUUCGGUGUGGGGGAGCUCCCACGUCCCUUACUCGUUAUUGGAGAUCAUGGAACUAAGAAGCAAGCCAGGUCCAUGCCAUGUCCUUGGCAGAGAAGUCAGGCACACAGCUGUACAGUGCCAGAGUAUCAUUAGUGUUUUCCUUCCGUAGUGGCUUGCUUAAAUUUAAAUCCCCAGUAAUCUGUAGAACCUUCUCCCAGGAAAUGGAGUCUAUUAGGAGCCACUUAUGACCCCACGACCUGUUAAAACCAGCAACGAGAGCAUUGUCUGGAGUGAACCUAUUCCUCGUCAAGUUUUGGCCUUCUGACGUAAAUGCAGAUGAACUCCAUAUGUUAUGAGCCCAGGUUGAUGAGAAACCACUCUUUGUUGAUCAGAUUCCUUCUAAAAACUGAUGAGCCACUUGUGCUGUUGACCCUAGACCUGACUGCCUUGGCAUUUGCUCUUAAUGUGCUGGGCUGUGUCAGCAGUUUCUCCUCCACACUUCUCAUGUGGUUGAACCAGUGUGUUCUUUUGGUAAAAUGGUGAUUGUAGAUAAGCUUACUCCCCCUGCCAUCCUCCACCUCUCUUCUCAGAUCCUUUCCUCAUGAUAAACUUUUAAAGCCUACAAGAAGAAUCCUGAUUGAAUAUAAAUGCUUAAUCCUAUUCUUUGUGAAUUGGUUGCUUCCACCUGCUUCCCUAAUCGUGCUGUGUUAGUGUCCUGCUCUGGGAUUUGACAUUCCCUUCUCCUUUUGUACCACGUGCUUGCUGUCUCUCAGACAUCUUUGAAGACUCCUUUUUGGCAGGAAAAUUCAGUAAAGUGUUUUCUGUAAUCUUUUUUUAAAUAUGAGACCUAAUUGUUCAUACUUGUAGCAUUCUUCAUUAAAGUCUUGCUCCUCUCAGA